AUGUCAAAGAAAGUGCUAUCUUCAUCAUUAAAUGAAUCAUCAAUAAAAUCUGACAAAACUCCUCCAGUACGUCGAGUUAUUGCCGAUAGUUUAUCAUUAAUAUCAUCAGAUAAUAUUAAUUUAAAUCAUCAAAUUUAUAUAAAUACAAAUAUAUUGAACAAUCAAUCAAUUUCGAAAAACAAUCUUGAAAAAAAUUCUUAUGAUUCCAUAAAAAAAUUAAUAAAAAUAAAUAACAAUCAAUUAACAACAGUGCUAGGCGAACAUUCAAUCAUUUCAAUUAGUAAAUCAAGUUCUUCAUCCAAAACAUCGAAUAAUCAUUCAUUAACAUCGUAUUAUCCUGAACUUUCUCUUAAUGAAGAUGAUGAUCAUGAUGACGAUGUAAGUAGUAAUGAUGAUACAAAUCAUCAAUAG